AUGAAAGUAGUCCAGCACACCACUCUCAGUCUCACAGAGGACUGCAUGCAGGAAAAGACAUGAUCGUGUCAAGACUUCGACACAGAUCCGUCGUUCCCCCAAAGCCUUCUAACCUCAAAUCCUUGGGGCCAAACAUCCCAAACCACUUCCAGACCAGAAACCAGAACAGACCAAACCCGAACCAGAACCAACCCCCAUCAGGGGAGAGGAGCCAGGAGAGGAAACAACAUCAACUACCGGAGGGGAAGGUGAAGAGGAUUGUGCGUAAGUUCAGCAGCCAGGAGAAUGAGGUGAUGGGGCAGGCAGGACUAGAGACAAGAACAGGGGUAGAGGCAGGGGCAGAGACAGUGACUGGGGCAAAGCAGGGAGACGGUGGGGUGGUGGGAUGGACAAGUACAAGGACAGAGGCAGGACAGCAGGCAGACAGUAACAGAGGACAAAGGGCCCAGCAGGCCGACUAUGAUGCUAUAAUAAUGAGCCCUGUGGAACUCAGCCUCAUACCACCUCCAGUACCAUUGAGAAAGCCACGUUCUGGCCCUCACACACAACCUACAGCACAACCCACAGCACAGAGUGAUGCCGUGCCCCUGGGGCAGAAGACAGACAACCAUCUGGGCACCCUUCUCACACCUGGACAUGGACGAGGAAACAGAUCAGCUCCCGAUGGAAGUGAGGUGGAUGAAGCGCCUGUGUGUGUUACCAUUGAGAGCAGACAAACCACAGGCUCGGCAGCCACCCCUAGUGGUCACCAUGGCAACAUGACACAGUGUCAGUGCAUCUGUCACCUGAGGAGAACUGGCAUGAAGUUAGUCUGGGUUCCUCUGGAGGAAGAGGAAGAUAACUAUGUAGAGGUGAUAGGGGAUGAAGAAAAAGACAAACGAGGGAAUGAGCACCAGAAGAGAGUGGUGAAGGAGGGGAAGGAAGAGGAUGAAGAUGACUACAUAGAAGUGACAGGGGAUGAAGAGAAAGAAAAACGAGGGAAUCAGGACCAGAAGAGAGAGAGGAAGGAGGUGAAUGAAGAGAUGUUGGGAUCUUUCAGAGCAGAUGAGCGAGGGGGGGAAAGUCAGACAGGGUGCCAGACAGAGACAGCUGCUGUGUUCAGUGAGCACAGAGAGGUCAGAGUUCACGAGGUCAGCGAGAAUAACAGCCAGAGAUCCUUCCCUUCAAAACAUAACACAUCAUCCAACGCAGAAUCUUCCCUGGCCCUGAUGAUCUGCUCACAGCACAGCUCAUAUCAGCAUAGCACACGACAGCACAGCUCAAACACCAAGCACAGCUCACACCAGCACAGUUCACACAUCAGACCCCCUCAAAACAAAACUGAGACAUAUGAUGAGGUUACAUAUGAGGCCAUGCCCAUGUCUGACAGAGAAGAACCACAUCCACCCCCACUCCCACGCCUAAUGAAACCUCCACUGAUGCACAAGACGCAGCAUCCCUCUCCUCCGAAGGAUAAUCUCCAGAGCAUGUCCACGUCCUCUCUCUCUGGCCUACUAACCUCAAUUUCAAAGUCAGACAUCCAGAAGAGUACCCCUUCCCCUCAGACUCCUCCCUCCAUCUCCCAUGGCAACCCCCAUCAGCCAAUCCUGCGACCUCUGCCUCCACUUCCUGUUUUACAUGAUCUCUGCCUUCUCCCCUGCCCCAUCAUGCCCCGCCCUCCUCAACUCAGACCUCAGAUUCCAAUGAAACCUCUUCCACCUAACCCUGAGCCCAGUGGCCCUAGCUGUCUCAGCCGACACUCAUCCACAGAUGCUGAUGUUAGGGAUGACUGGGUGACUGUAGACGGGGAGGACGUAGAGGAGCCACAGGAACAGGCAGAUAGUCCCAGGAGGAUCUCCUCAGACUGGGGACCUUUGAGGCUGGACGAACCUCUGUACCAGAUCUACCAGGCUAAGUCCAUCAAGGAGGCGAUCCAGCUCCAGAGCAUCAGCCGGAGUGCCAGCAGGGCCACCGUGGACCUCCAUAUGAGGCUCAGGGGCGGUGGGUCCUUAGGGGCCCCUAAGGGUCAGUCCUUCAGGGCCAGGAAUGGCCCCGCAGAGGUCACACUGUGGCAGGAGCUACCGGUGGUCAGAGACAGUGGGAUCCUGGAGAGACUCAGUCCAGAGGAGCUGCAGAGACAGGAGAGCAUGUUUGAAGUAUUGACAUCGGAAGCCUCGUACCUCCACUCACUGAACGUUCUCACUGAUCACUUCCUGAUGUGUCGGGACCUUGAUGACACACUGGUGAUCCAUGACAAGAAGACCCUCUUCUCCAACAUACUCCAUGUGUAUGAGGUCAGCCAGAGGUUCUUGAAGGAUCUUCUGAGUAGGAUCGAUGAGAACAUUCUGAUAACUGAUGUGUGUGACAUCAUCCACCAAUACGCCCUGUACGACUUCUCAGUCUACAUUGAUUACAUCCGUAACCAGGGUUACCAGGAGAGGGCCUACAGCUCCCUCGUGCAGACCAACAACCCAUUUGCGUUGGUGAUGCGGAGGCUGGAGGAGUCUCCUCUAUGUCGUCGUCUUCCCUUCUCCUCCUUUCUGCUCCUUCCUUUCCAGAGGAUCACACGCAUCAAGAUCCUUGUACAGAACAUCCUGAAGAGGACUAAAGAGGGCACUAGGGAGGAGAACACUGCCUCUAGAGCCCUGACCUCAGUGUCUGAGAUUAUCAAGGAGUCCAACACACAGGUGGGCCAGAUGAAGCAGAUGGAGGAACUCAUACAAGUCAAUAAUACAUUGGAGUUCAACAAACUCAAGGCUGUUCCCAUUGUCUCGAAGGCUCGCUUCCUGGAGAAGAGAGGAGAGCUAUAUGAGCUAUCCAAAGGGGCCUCCCUCUUCAGUUCUCGUCUCAAACUCACCCCCAUCUACCUCUUCCUCUUCAAUGACCUACUCAUCAUCACAUGCAAAAAGAGCUCAGAGCGCUAUAUGGUGACAGACCACACCCACCGCUCCCUGGUGCAGGUCCAGCCCGCGGGGUUUGGGGUUGGAGCGGAGGACCCAGGGCCCAAGUUGGAGCACUCCUUCUGUCUGCUACUGCUGGAGAACCACCGAGGCAUUGCCUGUGAACACCUGCUGAAGGCCCCCUCAGAGUCAGAUAUGCACCGGUGGAUGGCAGCAUUCCCUUCCUUAAAUGACCCAAACAGAAAGGAAGAGGUGGUUUAUGAGGACUGGGAUUGCCCCCAGAUGCAGUGUGUGGAACAAUACAUUGCCCAGCAGGCUGAUGAGCUCACCAUGGAGCCUGCUGACAUUAUCAAUGUGCUAUGCAAGACCCAUGAGGGUUGGAAUAAGGGGAUGCGUCUGUCUGACGGAGAGAAGGGUUGGUUCCCUAGCAAAAGCGUGGUGGAGAUAACCAACGAGCAUCGGAGGAGACGGAACCUUCGGGAGCAGUACCGCAUUGCUCAAGCUGCAGCUAAAGUCACAAAGAACUGACUACCUGCAUAUUUGUAUGUGUGUCCCAAAUCACACACUAUUCCCCAUAUAGUGCACUAGUUUGGAGAAAUGUCCAAUGGGUCCUGGUCAAAAGUAGCGCACUAUAAAAAAAAAAAGGUAUUACAGGGCUAUUUGGGACAAAGCCUAUGUCAAACCAAGGAUUUCUCUAACCCUCUUUUCUUUUACCCAGAGCUUCAACUCAAGUGCAUCAUACAGUGGGGCAAAAAAGUAUUUAGUCAGCCACCAAUUGUGCAAGUUCUCCCACUUAAAAAGAUGAGGCCUGUAAUUUAUCAUAGGUACACUUCAACUAUGACAGACAAAAUGAAAAGUAAAAAAAUCCAGAAAAUCACAUUGUAGAAUUUAUUUGCAAAUUAUGGUGGAAAAUAAGUAUUUUGGUCAAUAACAAAAGUUUCUCAAUACUUUCAUUGCCAACAAAGGGUCAGCUUUUUCUGUAAGUCUUCACAAGGUUCACACACUGUUGCUGGUAUUUUGGCCCAUUCCUCCAUGCAGAUCUCCUCUAGAGCAGUGAUGUUUUGGGGCUGUUGCUGGGCAACACGGACUUUCAACUCCCUCCAAAGAUUUUCUAUGGUGUUGAGAUCUGGAGACUGGCUAGGCCACUCCAGGACCUUGAGCCUCUCGCUCCCACCAUCAUCACCCAGGGGCCCAGCAACAGCCCUUCAUCAGAGGUGAGCUUCAUCCAUCUGAAUAGAACCCUCAACAUGACGAGUUGAGUUUAACCAAAAAGUUUUAUUUUGGUGUCAUAUGGUCAGAUGAAAUUCUCCCAGUCUUCUUCUGAAUCAUCCAAAUGCUCUCUAGCAAACUUCAGACGGGCCUGGACAUGUACUGGCUUAAGCAGGGGACACGUCUGGCACUGCAGGAUUUGAGUCCCUGGUGGCGUAGUGUGUUAGUGAAUGUAGGCUUUGUUACUUCAGUCCCAGCUCUCUGCAGGUCAUUCACUAGGUCCUCCCGUGUGGUUCUGGGAUUUUUGCUCACCAUUCUUGUGAUAAUUUUGACCCCACAGGGUGAGAUCUUGCGUGGAGCCCCAGAUCGAGGGAGAUUAUCAGUGGUCUUGUAUGUCUUCCAUUUCCUAAUAAUUGCUCCCACAGUUGAUUUCUUCAAACCAAGCUGCUUACCUAUUGCAGAUUCAGUCUUCCCAGCCUGGUGCAGGUCUACAAUUUUGUUUCUGACAGUCCUUUGACAGGUCUUGGCCAUAGUGGAGUUUGGAGGGUGACUGUUUGAGGUUGUGGACAGGUGUCUUUUAUACUGAUAAGUUCAAACAGGUGCCAUUAAUACAAGUAACGAGUGGAGGAUAGGAGGACAUUUAUAGAGUCCAGAAGAAGUUACAGGUCUGUGUGACCCAUAAACCUUGCUUGUUUGUAGGUGACCAAAUACUUAUUUUCCACCAUAAAUUGCAAAAAAAAUUCAUUCAUUGUCUGUCAUAGUUGAAGUGUACCUAUGAUGAAAAUUACAGGCCUCAUCUUUUUAAGUGGGAUAACUUGCACAAUUGGUGGCUGACUAAAUACUUUUUUGCCUCACUGUAUAUAUACACUUUUGUAGCUGUAUUGGUAAAACUAAUGCUAUACUACUCUUACCUACACCUGCUGCCAAAUGCUCCCCAUUGACUGAUGUACUGUAUUGAUAGAAAUCUUUCCUAGACAAAUCAAAAACAUUUAUAUGCCAAAUUAUUUUAUUAGACAGAUAUUACGUGUCAUGAUGUUGUAUAAGGCUGGGUUGUGACUGGCCAAAUCGGGGCCAGCCCAGUAUACAUCGAUAAUGCCAGGACCCCCUGGCAUCAUGGUGACCAAGUUUAUCAUUGGUACAGGUACACCUCAGAGGACAGGGGGCCUGCAAAUACAAUACCAUGCAACACACAAACAAGAUAAACAGUCACUAAAAUGUGUUAUCAUAGGUAGUUACCUUGAAGGCAUUGGAAAGAGGCAUCAAAGCUGUGUACAGUAGUAGUAAUAAUUAUUGAAAGUUGUUGGAAGUCAACAUGAAAUAUGUUCCGAGGACAUAAAAAUAAAGUUGCUCAACAGUAAAUUA